AAUGGAAUUGGCUAAAAAUAAACAAAAGAAUCUUACACAUCUCUACAUGUACGAAUGUAAUCUACCUUUAAACUAUCUUGUUAUACUUUCCCUAUUAAUUACGAAAAUUAAAACUCUACACGAAUUCAAUUCACCUAUUUCGAUUAUUCGUAAAACGACAAUUGAAAAAGACAAUUUGGAAAAUGAAUUAAAUUCAAAAUCAUUCAAUUUAUCAACUGCAAAGCAAAUUGCCGAAGAUUUUGAUAAUAUUUUAAAUGAUAGAUUCUUCGAUUCGUGCUUCAAUGGGAAUCUUCCUUUAGGCGUUAUAAUUGAAAUAUUAAUUAGCGCAAAUUAUCGCCUACGUCAUAUUUCUAUUGUUAAUAUCCUCUUGGAAAAUGAUAAGAAAUACAUAGAAAAAUUGCUGACUGAAAAAACUGUAAUUAAAACACUUAACGUAAGAGAACAGAAGUUUGAAGAUGAUGAGAAAUUUCUUGAAAAUAUCCUCAAUUUUAUAGAUAAGAAUAGCUCUUAUUUAGAAUAUAUUGAAUUUGGAAUGUGUACACUUAGCAAAGGAAUUGAUUGUAAUUCAAUGUCAUUGAUCGGAAUGCAAAACAAAUUGUCAUUACUUCAUUUCUUCGAUAUUAAUCUAAAUGAUACAAUUGCUAGUAAAAUAUGUGAAAAUUUAAGUAAAUAUUGCAGUAAAAUUACUAAAUUAACAUUUAGUCGUUGCGGUUUAACUAGUAAUAUUGGAACUAUACUAGGAGAAGCUAUUGGAAAACAAACUAAACUGGUAGUACUUAACCUGCAAAAUAAUCAACUUGGAAAUAAAGUUGGAAAAUGUAUCUUUGAUAAUAUUAAAGAAAAUUGUCGUAAUCUUACAGUUAUGGGAUUUGGUAAUUGUUCAUUUACUCAUGAAAUUGGCGAUUGUAUUGCGAAAUGUUUAGAAAAUUUGGAAAAUCUUCAAGACAUUCAAUUUUGGGAUAAUAAUUUACAAACAUCAAUUGGAAGGGAUAUCUUUCAAGCAAUUCUCAAUGGAAAUUGUCGAAAUAUAACUAAAAUUGGUUUUAGUAAUUGCGGUUUUACAGAAGAAAUUGGAAAUGUUGUUGGUCAAGUAAUUGGACGGCAAAAAAAUUUGUCAUUUUUAAAUUUUCACAAGAAUCCAAUUGGAAAUGAAAUUGGUGAAAAUAUCUUUGAAAAUAUUUAUGAAAAUUGUAAAUAUAUUGAAGAAAUGUAUUUUGGUACUUGUAAUUUUACAUCAGAUAUUGGAGAUUGUUUAUCUAAAGCGAUUGGUAGGCAAAGAUUGUUAAAAUCUAUGAAUUUUCAAAAUAAUCCACUUGGUAAUGAUAUUGGAAAGAAUAUAUUUGAUUGUUUGAAUAGAAAUUGUCAUAGAUUAACAGUUUUGGGUUUUGGUAAUUGUAAUUUUUCCAAUGGUAUUGGAAACGUUUUAGGUGACGCUGUUGGUAAACAGAAUAAUCUUACUGAAAUUCAAUUUUGGGAUAAUAAUUUAGGUGAUGAAACCGGAAGGAAUCUAUUUGAAAAUAUCAAAUUAAAUUGUCGUAAUAUUAAGGUAAUGGGUUUCGAUAGUUGCGGCUUUACGUCGGCAAUAGGAGAUUGUCUUUGCGAUGCAAUUGGAAUGCAAAAAUCUCUUAUAGAAAUUCAUUUAUCGAAUAAUAGUUUGGGAAAUAAGGUUGGCGAUAAUAUCUUUAGAAAUAUUAUUAAUAAUAAAUGUACUCGUCUGCAAAUUGUGAAUCUUAUUAAUUGCGGUUUUGACGAUAAAAUAAAUGGAAAUAUGCUCGGUAGGGCAAUUGGAAAACAACGAAAUCUUUGUGAACUAGGAUUAUGUUUCAAUCCUUUAGGAAGUACUAUUGGAAAAAGUCUAUUUAAAAGUAUUAGUGAAAAUUGUCAUAAUUUAACAUUCAUUGGAUUAAAUGGCUGUAAUUUUAAUGAAGAAAUUGGUAGUCUUUUACCUUGCGCAAUCGGUAAACAAAAACAAUUGAAAACCAUUUCAUUAAGUUUAAACGACUUUAAAGAUGAAAUUGGAAGGAAAAUAUUUGAAAAUAUUGAACGAAAUUGCCGUAAUCUUACUACAGUUGCCUUUGCAAAAUGUGGUUUUACUAGUCAAAUCGGUAGUAUCGUUGGAAAGGCGAUUGGAAGACAAAAAUAUCUGGAAAAUUUACUUUUACGUUCCGAUGAAAUUGGAGACGAUGUUGCCAGAGAAAUAUUUGUUAAUAUUAGAGAUAAUUGUACAAAUAUUACUACAUUAAUAAUGAAGGACAUUGGUGUUACGAAUAGGAUAGAAACAGCUAUUGGCGAAGCGAUUUCUAAACAAACGAAUCUAUUGAAUAUUGAUCUUUCCAGCAAUCCGUUAACUAGUACUGUUGGAAGGAAUAUCUUUGAAAGUAUCUAUAAAAAUUGCCAUUUAAUUUAUAGAAUGCACUUUGACGAUUGUUGCUUUAACCACGAAAUUGGAGAUAUUGUUGGUAAGAUGAUUGGAAAACUUGAAAAUCUAAGUACACUGUGGUUAGAGCAUAAUAGUUUAGGUGGAGAUGUUGGAAGAGUUAUGUUUGAAAAUAUGAAAUUAUCGUGCAAAAAACUCGUCGAAAUCUAUCUAAGUGAUUGUCAUUUAACGUCUAAAGUUGGAAAUUUACUUGGCGAAUCGUUCGGUAGACAAAAAUACCUUUCAAUUAUAUUAAUUAAAGGUAAUUGUUUAGGAAAUGAAGUUGGCAGAGUUCUUUUUCAAAAUCUAAGAGAUAAUUGUUGUCAUAUUAAGAAAAUGGGUUUGGGUAAAUGUAAUUUUACUGAUGAAAUUGGUCAAGUUCUACCACAAGCUAUUGGAAAGCAAAAAUACCUUCAAGUACUAUCGCUUGAACACAAUCAACUUGGAGAUGAAAUGGGGAAAAGUAUACUUAAGGAAAUUGAAGAAAAUUGUGAAAAUAUCACUGAAAUUUACUUUUCCCAUUGUAAUUUUACAUCGGAAAUUGGGUUUAUUAUUGGUAAGAUAAUUGAAAAAUGUAAACAUCUAUCCGUUCUGUCAUUCCGAGGUAAUCAACUACGUAAUGAAAUUGGAAGAGAUAUCUUUCAAAAUAUAUACAAACAUUGCCGCUAUUUAAAAUUGAUUAAUUUUGAAUAUUGCGGUUUUACAGUAGAAAUUGGAGAUAUUAUUAAUAAAGCAGUAAUGGUGCAGCCAAAUUUAAAAAUUCUCAAAUUACACGAUCCCUUCUACGGAGAAUCGCAUGAAGAAUUUAUUAAAAAUGUAUUAAAACCAAUUUCAAUAUAA